CCUGACGGUCAUUGACAUUGUAUGAAAGCCAACAGUGACAGUCUGAGAGGACUGGGCCCUUAAUCUGGCAUCCUCCCAGUAGGAUGCAGGAAAUAGGCUGACCCAACAUACUACAGAGAAUUCAUCCAGUUCCUGCUCCAUCCAGAUUCCACAGGCCUGGAAGAUGGAGUCACGCUUGCUGAUGCUGGGGUUAUUCCCAUUCAUCAUAGUACCCUGCUGUCUGUCAGAGAUGUGUCCACUGGACCCACCAGAGGUCCCCAAUGCCACAUUCAAAGCCCUCUCCUACAAGAAUGGCACCAUCCUAAACUGUGAAUGCAAGAAACAUUUCCGAAGAAGCAAUUCUAUUUAUAUGUCUUGUUCGGGGAACUCCUGGAUCAACCCCUGCCAGUGUACAAGCAACUCCAAUGACAAUGCAAGAAAGGAAGUUACACAUGCACCUGAAGACCAGAAAAAGCAACAGACCACAGUAUCGCAGAAAUCAACACAGUCUGUGCAUCAAGGGAACCUUCCAGGUCACUGUGGGGAGCCCCCUGCGUGGGAACAUGAAGGUGCCAAGAGAAUCUAUCAUUUCGUGGCAGGACAGAGUGUUCACUACGAAUGCAUUCAAGGAUACAAGGCUCUACAGAGACGUCCUGCUGUGAGCAUCUGCAAAACUAUGUGUGGGAAAACAGGGUGGACGCAGCCCCAGCUCACGUGUGUAGAUGAAAAGGAACACCAUCACUUCCCAGCUAGUGAAGAAUCUCCAGAAAGCAGAGAUCCUUCUCCUGAGAGUGAGACUGACUGUCCCAUCACCACCACAGACUUCCCACAACUCACAGAAGCAACUACAGCCAUGGAGACAUUCAUAUUUACAAUGGAGUAUCAGAUAGCAGUGGCCAGCUGCAUCUUCCUGCUCAUCAGCAUCCUUCUUCUGAGUGGACUCACCUGGCAACACAGAUGGAAGAAGAGUAGAAGAACCAUCUAGAAAACUAAGAACAGUCAGAGGCCAAGAGAAGUUAAUGGGAAUUAUGAAGCUCAAGCAAAAUCUAAGAAGUCACUCACUCAACAGGUGCCUUUGGGUGAUCUCUUGGGUUCUACAAAGUUCGGAAGUCACAGGACGUAUCAGCGCAUCGGGAAACUUCAACUCCAUCACUAAAUUGGACUUUGCCAUGGAAGAACAGGAGUUAACCAUUCUCUCUAAAGUCUUUAAGAGGAGAGAGGGCCCAACGGCACUCUAUGUGUUUUGUUUUCAUGUAUAUAUGUUGAUGAGAGCUCGGUGGCUUUAGGUCGAUUUCAUUGUAACCUCCCCGUUUGGAAAGCCUAAGUAAAGCCCAGCACUAAUGUAAAUAUUCCUCCUCCUCUCUCCUCCUCCUCCUCUUCUACGCCCCAACCCACUUUUCUUCUUCCUUUCUGUUUUCACAAGCCAUGUGACUCCUUUCUCAACCUCUGGUUGCCUAACUGGUUCUUCUGAUUUCAUCACUUACCGAUCAGCCUGUAAAACUCCAGGCUGGUAACCAGGACUCCGUACGCUCUUAGCCCAAUCCUAGAUGGAAACCCCCUUUCCACUGAAGCUUCGGUUUUGAAUUCCUAAAGAACAGAACCUGUGGUGGAAUGAUUUUUGGAUAACAUCAAAACAAAGUAGCCAAGGUGUGGGGACCAUGGAGUGUCAAUAUUUGGAAGUCUCUGUCUAGGGACAGUGCCAGAAGGCUAAACUGUAUUCUAGGACAUGAACUAUACUAAUCAAAAGCUUUAUGAACAGGUCACUGUAAGAGCUGGCUUCUUUGAGACUGCUAUCAAUUGUACUCUAGAUUUGAUCUGCACUUACAGGUGAACACAGACAUACACCUGGUAUGUAUCAUGAAAACACUGAAAAGAAGGGAUAGUUUCAAUGUUUACGGGGCCGGGGGGAUGAUAAAGAAGUAAGCAGAAGAUUCUAUACUAAAGAUGAACUAUAGACUGGAUAUCCCAGCCAUCCUCGUGUAACUCCAGCCCCCCAAACUCCCAAUCCAGAGUCACCAGGAAGCCUUGUGAAAACAGAUCGUGGAGGCCAGCCCUAUCUUUGAGUCAGUACAUAUGGAAUUUCGCACACAUCCUGGGUGGAGCCUUUAUGCUGACCUCUAGACCACACUUUGGGAACCACUGGGCUGUUCCUGUGUGUCUCCUCUUCCACUGCUACCAAAAGCAACUGAGUUUUGGUGCCCAAGCUCCCGGGAGCAUUCUCGUUCAACCUCUUGCGUAAGAUUUCCUUUCAAAUGAGUUGAGUCAGAUGGUAGAGUUUAACAGCUCUUUAGAGGAUUCAUAAGAAGCUUAAACUAUAUCAGUUUUCAUUUCUGAAAAGACCAGAAAAUGUUAUGAAAAAAAAAAUCAAAGGUCAGAAGGAAACAUUUUGGAUCUUUUAUGUGAUCAAGUGUGAACCAGACUUUUCCUACCUAUGGUCUCCUCUUUCCAGAAUAUACCUUUAGUGCUGGUGGAGGUGGGGCGGGGGCAAUUAAGUAGAAUCUCAAACCACUAAUUUUAGAAAAAAAAAAAAAAAGAAAAGUUAAAAUCUUAUUAAAGAGCCCUAGGUACUGGUACAUACCUACAAGCCCAGCACUCAGGAGGCUGAGGCAGAAGGAUCACAGUGAGUCUGAGGUCAGCUUGACCUACACAGUAAAACCCUGCCUCACCAUCCACCCUCUCCAUAAAAAGUCUUACUUACGUGAAAUUAAACUUUUAAUAUAUAUAUCUGUACACCACGUGUGUGCCUGGUGCCCAGGGAGGCCUGAAGAAGAUGUUGGCUUUCCCUGGAACACGUGGUGAUGAGCUGCCAUGUAGGUGCUGGGAACUGAAUCCUUCUCCUCUGAAAGAACAGCCAGUGCCCUCAACCACUAAGCCGUCUCUCCAUCCCCAGUAAAUUGAAUUGUACUGUCAUUAUUCAUGAUGGAGAUGGAGUUAGUACAACAAAACUUCUUCUUGAUAAUACUAAGAUGUUGUCUACCUGUUUUUUCUCUCCUUCACAAAUGUGUGGUGGAAUUUUUAAAAAGCUAAAUGUGUGAUGUUGUCAUCACUCUGGUGUUAACAUAUAAUGGAUUUAUCUUGCUUAUAAAAAAUUAAUAAACAAUAUUUUUAAUUU